AUGUCACUUGCAGUCGAGACUGCAAACUCGGUGGAAGAGGAGCCAGAUCCUGGAGCAGAUGUGGAGCCGGUGAUCUUGGAGCAAGGACAAGUCUCGGUGAUGGUGGUUCCGUCGAUCACGGUGGUGCGCACCUCGGUGGAGGCGCCAGAUGGGAGCGUGCCUAGCGAAGAUCUAGAAACAACGGUCGAGAAAGUAGGCGCGGUGGUGGACUUCGCAGAGGAGGAGGAAGUACCAGACGACUUCGCAGAAGACGUAGCUGAUGGUGCAGCAGAGCUGGCUUUAAAGGACGAAGAAGACGGCACAGCAGAGCUGGCUUUGGAGGAAGAAGCAGAUGGCACAGCAGAGCUGGAUGGACACACCUUAUCGUGGGUGAGUCCUGGAAGCUUGACAUGGAACACCAAAGCCUGGUUGUCAAGAUUGAACCCAGAACUAUCCUUGUAUGGGAAUUGGCCGAAGUUCAUGAAUCCGUUUUGGGUGAUAAAGUCGUCAUCCGAGACAGUAAGUAAGAAAUACUCGUCAGUGGUGCAUUGGACUGGAACCAAAGUGAUACCUUCCCAUUUCUCAUUCAACAAAGUGUAG